UUUUCCUCCGAAAAUGGAAAGAUCCCAGAUAGUGAACUCGCUGGGAUCAUCCGAACACAUGCAAGAACAAACCUAUAUUCAGGCACCGAGCUUCGUGCAGUCUCAAAAUUAUGCAAACACAUCAUCUGGUACGAUGUACUGUAGAUCGUCCCCUAACAAUUCGGGGUACGUCUCAGUCAAUCAGCCACUCCACAAGAAGGGAUCGCUCAGAAAUGGGGAUGUGCUCAAGCGUUCCAGGGUUCAAACAACGUACGAACUCUCUCAGGAUAUCCUGGAUAAGCAGAUCGAAGUGUUGGAACGCAAGUAUGGAGGUGAUAGGGCUCGAAGUGCAGCGUUGACAAUUCAAAGGGCAUUUAGAAGAUACACUUUACUCAAAAAGUUCGCAGCUAUAACUGCCAUGGCCAAAGCNUAAAAGUGGCUGAUAUCUAUAAAUGGAGAAUUUGAUUGUUUUCUUGUUUCAGGCUCAGAACAGCAAUGUGGUGAAUAUUCUCGUAGCUUCGAAAAUCACGAUUGUAGCUCUUUGCGAAUGCUUCCUGUGAGAUCAAUGUCACUUCGCGAAAGGAGACACAUCGAUAACAUGCCAAUACCUCGAAGUCAGUCAGGCACGCCAACAGUUUGCUGGGAAAACUAUUCUUCAUCUUCUCUCCAACACUACUAUUCAGCAGCAGACAGCAAGUCCGAUUGCGCAUCUACGCAAGUCACCCCCAGCGGCAGCUCUUGUAGCAAUCCAACGACGUCUUCUAACGGAUACUCCAGGUCUAGGAAUAGUUUGAGCAACAGAAAAGUCCCUCCCGAAGUGCCGAAGAGAACCUCGAGCAUUUCGUCCAGAUCUCUCGAAGCUAGACAUCAGAAAACAAACGGUCUCAUUAAAACAACAGAAAACGGUUCCUUGUCCAGCGUGCAGAGUUCGGGAAGCGACAGCAGCAUCUCCACAGAACGCAUACAGUGCGAUUAUGCAAGUUCUCCUAUUUGGAAGCGAAAAGGCAAUCACAUGUCUGAGUAUGCUGAACCCGCACUGGAAACGAGUUUGGGAAACAUCUCCAACGCUAGUUCUUCCACGUACACUCUGGUGGAAAGAGCUACAGACCACCAGCAAACGCCGACCAGCUAUAAGAUCUCCGAGACUAUUAGAAAACGACAAUACCGCGUAGGCCUGAACUUGUUCAACAAAAAGCCAGAAAAGGGCAUUGCCUACUUGAUCCGCAGAGGCUUCCUGGAGAACUCCCCGCAAGGAGUUGCGAGGUUCCUCAUAUCCCGCAAGGGACUGAGUAAGCAGAUGAUCGGGGAGUAUUUGGGCAACUUGCAGAGUCCGUUUUGCAUGGCAGUGUUGGAAUGUUUCGCCGGAGAGUUAGAUCUAUCUGGAAUGCAGGUUGAUGUAGCUUUGAGAAAAUUCCAACAGCAUUACCGUAUGCCUGGUGAAGCACAGAAGAUCGAGAGAUUGAUGGAGGUGUUCUCGCAGAGAUACUGCCAGUGCAAUGUGGACAUAGUGGCGAGAUUGAGAUCUCCUGAUUCGAUUUUCGUCCUUGCUUUCGCCAUAAUAAUGCUAAACACCGAUUUACAUACGCCUAACAUAAAACCAGAGAGGAGGAUGCGCGUCGAAGACUUCAUAAAAAAUUUACGAGGAAUUGACGACUGCGGAGACAUUGACACUGACAUGCUAGUAGGGAUCUACGAGAGAGUGAAGGCCAACGAAUUCAAACCCGGUUCAGAUCACGUAACACAAGUCAUGAAAGUUCAGGCUACCAUAGUUGGAAAGAAACCUAACAUGGCUUUACCACACCGCAGGUUGGUGUGCUAUUGCCGUCUCUAUGAAAUACCAGAUAUUUCCAAAAAAGAAAGGCCUGGCGUACAUCAAAGAGAAGUCUUCCUUUUCAAUGAUUUGCUUGUGAUCACCAAGAUCUUGAGUAAAAAGAAGUCUUCGGUAACUUACACCUUCAGAAAUAGUUAUCCGCUUUGCGGCAUGGUGGUUACGCUGUUUGAUGUACCAUAUUAUCCAUUUGGUAUAAGGCUAAGUCAACGUGUAGAUCAGAAAAUCCUAGUUACAUUUAAUGCCAGAAAUGAACAUGACAGGUGUAAGUUUGCAGAGGAUCUGAAAGAAGCAGUCAGCGAAAUGGAUGAAAUGGAAAAUCUGAGAAUCGAGGCUGAAUUAGAAAGACAAAAAUCAAACAGAGGGGGAAACAGAACAGGUACAGAGAACCGAGACAGCGGUGUAGCUGACGUGGAGGUUUGUCCUUAUCAGUGCCCUUGUUCGCAAAACCCCUCUAUGAGCGCCAAUGAGGAAGAGACCCAGCAUGAUCCCCAGAUCAAACGUUCAGCACUCAGCAAUUCUCUUCUGGACAUUCACGAACAGUUUGCAGGAGAAAAAGCGCAGAGAAGGGGCAGCGUCGGCUCAUUGGAUAGCGGCAUGUCUGUCUCAUUCCAAUCGACGUCUGCAAGCACUUGUUCACGUUCGGACAAGCUGACAGGCAAGGGAGGAAAGCCGAAUAUACACAACCCUCAGGGUUUUCUUGGAGGACUCUUUAACAAAAAACAAACGAGCAAUACUGUCAAAUCGACGGAGGUGUAGUUAAUUAUGAUUAAAUGACUAUAGGGUAGAUUCGUUGAACACCCAAAUACGAAGCUCGCGAGAAUUUUGAGGGGUUCACCAAAGGUUGGGAGACGUUUUUUCAGGUAGAUUUGUCUUCGAAAAAUCCGUCAGUUAUGUUCAAUUCUGAUAUGUUCAGAAUACUGUAAUUGACAAUCUAUUGAAUAGACCAAGAGUUUAAAUGAAAUAUUGAGAAUCGGAAUUAUAUUACAUCCAUGAAAUUUUUAGCACUCUUUCUGUUUUUAGAAAGUGCAAAAAAUGGCAUAA